UGCAUUGCAUUUUCUUGGAAUUCUUUCAGGCGUGUUAAGUGAAGACUGAGAUGAAUGCUGAAAACACAAACAUGCCCUUUUACACUCUCGUUUAGUUUGUCUCUCGGAUUAACCCAUUUUCUAACGCAGGCCGUCCAUUGUCACCGCAAUUCAUUCACCUUUUCAAUGCUGCGUUUCACUUAUCCUCGGGCUCUGGCUUAUUUUCUAUGCGUAAAAUAAAAUAAGACAUUGUGUUCUGGAUAGGGUGAAGCUCUGCAUAGGCCUACAGUGUAAGAUCUCAAUAAAUUGUCUUGUUGAUUAAUGUGUCUCUGUGCGUUCGGCGGGUCACCAUCAUAGGCCGAUGGCUUCAGUGGACAGCGGUGCGCAGCUAUAUGAGCCAAUUGGAGCGUGCGCGUAACGCUAUUGGUCCGCUGGAGGGUGCGCUCCGCCCUCACGGGCAUGAUAUGGAAUUAACUGGCGCCAGUUCCGACAGUGUACAAGCACAAUUCAUUAAUGAGCCGACUGCCAUAUACGCAGCCACUGAGAUCACUAGUCCUGAAAGAGCAGAUUACUUUAAGAAUAUAGUUGCUUAAAGUUUCUUCGGAAGAUAAUUAUUUCGCCUGUUGAAAAGGAGGGGGAUUAGCAGUUUUCCAUACGGACUAUUAUCGGACCAAAUUACGAUGAGGAAACUAUUGCUGAAGUGUUUCUGUGCGCUGUCGCGAUAACAUCGGAUGAGAGGACAGCGUGAGGACCUCCGCAAACACCAAGGCAAAAGGAACUGUAGAAGUCGCAUUAUUAUUGCCAUAGCCUAACUUAGAACUGCCUUUGCUCCAUACCCACCGGACAUACCCAGACUUGUUUCACUUUCCGAACGAGCCGAGCCCAACGGACGGCGUUACUUUUACAACGGAACGCCACCAAAGUUCUUGCUAUUACACGGACGAUAAAGAGAUGGAGGUCGCCGCAGAUCAGUCUCGGUGGAUGGCGCAUCAUCAUGCGGUACUCAACGGUCAGCACCCAGACAGCCAUCACCACGGUCUGACUCAUAACUACAUGGAGCCCAUGGCGCCCCUUCUCCCCCCGGACGAAGUGGACGUGUUCUUGAAUCAUUUGGACUCGCAGGGCAACCCCUACUACCCAAACUCCAGGGCUCGAGUAUCAUACGGCCAGGCACACGCUCGUCUCACUGGAAGUCAAGUCUGCCGACCACACCUUAUCCACAGUCCGGGUAUUUCGUGGCUGGACAGUGGCAAGGCAGCUUUCUCCGCUGCCCAUCACCACAACGCAUGGGCGGUCAGCCACUUCAGCAAACCCGGACUGCACCCUGCUAGCGCCGGCUACUCUUGCAGCAGCAACUCCAGCACCGCUCCAGUAUCAUCCCUCACAUCUGCGUCCCACUCCAGCCCGCACCAUCUCUACAGUUUCCCCCCAACACCGCCGAAAGACGUGUCACCAGACCCGGGCCCUUCCUCUCCCACCUCCACCGCGACAAGGAUGGAUGAGAAGGAGUCCCUCAAGUACCAAGUGUCCCUGACAGAUGGCAUGAAAAUGGAGGGCUGCAGUCCACUCCGCAGCAGCCUGGGCAUGGGUGCCCAAACUCCCUCAACUCAUCACCCCAUCCCAACAUACCCUGCCUACCCUCUCCCAACGCCACACGACUACGGCAGCAGCCUAUUCCACCCUGGUAGCCUCCUCGGCGGAUCAGCAUCCAGUUUUACGCCAAAAUGUAAAAGCAAACCCCGAUCGAGCUCAGAGGGCCGCGAGUGUGUGAACUGCGGAGCCACGUCCACGCCCCUGUGGCGGAGGGAUGGGACGGGCCACUACCUGUGCAACGCCUGCGGCCUCUACCACAAGAUGAACGGCCAGAACCGGCCCCUCAUCAAGCCCAAGCGCAGACUGUCCGCAGCACGACGAGCUGGCACCUGCUGCGCUAACUGCCAGACAACGACUACUACACUGUGGAGGCGUAAUGGGAACGGUGACCCUGUGUGCAACGCCUGCGGCCUCUACUUUAAACUGCACAACGUGAACAGGCCACUGACCAUGAAGAAGGAAGGCAUCCAGACGCGCAACCGCAAGAUGUCCAGCAAGAGCAAGCGCGGCAAGCGGGCGGGCGACGGCUUCGACGAGCUUUCCAAGUGCAUGCAGGACAAGAGCUCGCCGUUUGGCGGCGCCGGCGGCCUGGGCCACAUGACGCACAUGGGCCACCUGCCCCCCUUCAGCCACUCGGGACACAUGCUGCCCACGCCCACGCCCAUCCACCCCAGCUUCAGCCACCCGCACCACUCCCACUCCGGACGCUCGCCGGCAUGGGCCGAGCCCCACUGAGGAGCCGGGGAGGGAGGCCGGGGGCGCCCGGGGGGCCCCGGAAGGAAGCGGGGAGGAGGGGUGGAGGGAGAGCAGCUUAAAAACCACUUGAACCGCUCCCGAUACUCACCCAACAGUACUGAUACCAACACCAACAGCCCCACCACCAUCACCUCCUACGUCAUCAUGAUGAUUGAUCGUGAUCACCAUAACUGAGAAUCCACUGAGGGCCCAGGACCUCCCCUAACCCCUGAUGCUCUGGACCAGACCUGGCCAUCCUCAUUGGGCUAACCUCCACCCCUCAUCUCGCCCGGCUGUUGUCAGUUACAUCUAUGCGUACUUGUAGCCACAGCGCGUAAGCCUUGGCGUGGCGUUGGGGGGGGUUGUUGAGGGAGUGGAGCGGAUGGCUGGUUUUGUUUGGCUGGACAUUUCUUCUCUUUGCUAUGGAUGGACACUGCUGUGCUGUGCUGACUUGUCUUGCCCCUAACAUGGCCCCAAUGUAAUUAUGGCCAAGCAGAGGGUUCUGAGCCUGAAGUGAGAAAGAGAGAGAGAGAACUCUGUGCUGAGACACAUUUAACCUGUGUGGACUCCAGUAGUGGUCAUCCAUGACCAGGGAGGCGGACUGAUAAAAUAAAGGGGCAGCAACUUUCUUUUCCUCUAUCCAUUUCCAAGACCAACCUCACUUCUUUACAGUUGUACAAAGAAAUAUUACAUACAAUGGGUGUGAACGUGGGCACUCUUUCGCUUUAUUUUAUUUUAACAAUAUUUUUUUUUUGUUGUUGUUGCGCAUAUUUUGUACUGAGUCACUUUGGUACUGCCCUGAAUGAGAGGACACGAGGGGAGGUUGAUAAAAAAGAGAGAGAGAGCGAGUGAGAGACACAGAUAAGACAGAGUGAUAGAGAUGCAGAGAGGAGAGAGAGAGAGAGUGUCUGGCGUUUCCCUGUGGUACUCACCACUGUGCUAAGCUGGUAUUGAUGGCUGCCCAAUAGCGGAGCCCUCGUCUCCUCGUCUAGCCGAAGACUGCCCCGUCCGUCAGACGCUUUGGGUACAGAGGAGACAGAGUACGAGAGAAGGAGUGAUAGAGAGAGAAAGAGAGAGAGAGAGCGUGCGAGAGAGAGAAAGAGAGAGAGAGAGCGUGCGAGAGAGAGAGAGAGAGAAAAACGAAUGCUGCCCCUCUCUCUUCACUCCACCCCACCAAAAACCUCGUCCCCAACCGACAUGCUGGAAUAAAGACCAAUUCUAAAAAAAAAAAAAAGACUGUACAGGAGGCAAGCAAAACAAACAUGAAAUAAAGUUUAUGAAGCUUAAUUGUUAUUAUGGUUAUUAUUGUUGAUAUAAUUGUUAUUAUGAUGAUAAUUUAUUUUCACUGUUCAUUUCUAUUUCGCUUUCCUCAAAAAAACACAUGGGUAUAUUGUUAAGAAUAUAAUUUGAUUGUUACUAUCAAAAAUAAAAAAACACUGACUUAUCCUAGCUAAGGCAUUGAUGCUGAGCUGUACCUUUUUAUCAUUUUCCAUUACACAAAAUAAAGGAAAUAAAGUUUUAAUACUUAA